UGCAGCAGCUCUACCUACCUACCUACCUCACCUCUGACCAGGGUGACAUUUGUUUCUCCCGCACCCAUCUCUCUUCUCUCCCUCUCAUCCCAUUGAAUUAUUUCCAAAUCUCCUUUGCCAUCCACACCAUGCCCCUUCAAUAGCCUUGCGACCUGCACUGGAACGAGAACGCAGACGGGCCCCUCAAUCCUGAAUCCCUUUGCGAAAACCAGCCCACGGCUCAAGCUCCCAUUCGAACCCGCAAAAAUGGCGGGCAUUGAGCAGUUGGAGAUCCAUAGCAAGUCCUAUAUCGUGCGUUGGGUCAAAGUCGACGAAGGCCACACAAUAUCUUGGAGCGUCCAACCACACAAAAAGUCCAUUAACUUUGGAAUCGUGAAGCACCCCGGAGCUGGCGCCGCCGGCCUCAUUACGAAUCAGAACGACGAUGCCGCCGCCCCCGGAUCUUUUACCUCUGGCGUCGCCGAGCCCAAGAAACCAUUUGCUAGGAGGGAUUCGAGCACAGCCGAAGAGCAGCUCGCCAACAAGGGAUUCAUACCCAUCAAAUGGCACGGGAAAUGCGAUGCGGAUAAGGUAUCGACCGGUACAUGGGACGUACCAAAGGGCCAGGGCGGCAUGUUCGGCUUGGUGUUCGACAACACCUUCUCGAAGCAGAUCUCCAAGACGGCUACCUUCGUCCUUCUCACCUACCCGACUGGUGCACCUCCGCAGACUACAGCUCAGAACUUCCCGAACUUGCAGGCCGGAGCGAAUGCGAACACCAGCAAGACGAGCUUGCCUCAGAUGAGCGCCGUCACAUCUGCCUCUCAAGACAGCCUCCAUAGCCACGUUGCCGCAGGACGCCCGGCGUCAGCAUCCGGCCGCAGCGAUGGAAACGCCAACUACCAUACAGGAAUUUUGCACAAGAGACGGAGGAAGAAGGGCCAGGGUUACGCGCGCAGAUUCUUCUCGCUGGAUUAUUCCUCCUGCACCCUCUCGUAUUACUACAACCGGAACUCGUCUGCACUCCGCGGUGCCAUUCCUCUCAGUCUUGCUGCCAUCGCAGCCGAUGAGCGCCGUAGGGAAAUUAACAUUGACUCGGGCGCCGAAAUCUGGCAUCUGCGGGCGUCCAAUGCUAAGGAGUUCAACGAUUGGGCCAAGGCCUUGGAGAAGGCGAGUCGCGCGGCGAGGGGUGUGGAGGAGCAGCAACCCAAUACACUCAACCCCAGAACAACGCCUUUGAGGGUCAACACGACACAUUUGAAGCCUACACAGUCAAGCUUGGAGGAAGAUCGCGAAUGGCAACAGGUCGAGACCCUAGUGAGUCGCAUGGUCGGCACCAGGGACGCUCUUCGUCGCCUGGUCAAGGACAUGUCAAAUCAAAGGCCUGUUAGCAUGGCUGCUUCGACAUUCUUGUCACCAGGCACCUUGGGUGAGGAGCCGGACAGCUAUUUCGCACCUCCCGCAGCGAUAGAACAGCCGCAAAGGCGCCCAUUCUGGAAGCGCAAGUCAAGUAACGCUACACCCACAGCAUCCACGCCCCAAGCGCAUCAUGCCGCCGCCGCUGCCGCUCUUGCUGUUCCUUCUCCGGGUACUGUCACGACAACUAUCAGUGCAAAUGGACCCCGCCACUCAAAAUCAAAGUCGAAAUCGUCUGUCCACGAAGAAAAGAGCACACAAGAGCAUUGUGCGGCACUCCUCAACGACCUGGAUUCCGUUGUGUCUGAGUUUACGACCCUGAUUGUGAACAGCAAGCGCCGACGAUCUCCCGCUCCCCUCUCUGCAGCACCCUCUAGAAGAAGUAUGGAGACAGUGUCGACGGAAGAGUUCUUCGACGCAGAGGCCGGUGAGACAAGCUCGCAGAUCGUCAGGAUUGCCCAGAGCGAAGAUGAAAGCCCAGACUCGGAUGCGGAUGAACGUCUGAGUGAUUCUUCCUCCAUCUCUUCGGCUCAGGAGGAUGAGGCUAUAGGCUCCGAGGACACCGAUUGCUACCCAGCGAAGCCCAAGAGCUUGUCGCCGUUACCGGUGGAUAUCUCCGUUGAGAGACGAACCAAGGUUCCGCCGGCUUUGGUGCAGCCUCCUAGUCUGAUUGCAUUUGUGCGGAAGAAUGUUGGCAAGGAUCUUAGCACGAUCAGUAUGCCCGUAUCCGCAAACGAACCCAUAUCACUACUUCAGCGCGUUGCAGAACAGCUGGAAUACGCCCAGCUGCUUGACCAAGCUGCUCAGCAGAAAGAGGCCAAGGAACGUCUCCUAUACAUCACGGCAUUCGCAGUGUCGCAGUUCAGCACUGGCCGCGCAAAGGAACGCGCUAUUCGGAAACCCUUCAACCCCCUUCUGGGCGAGACGUAUGAAAUGCUGCGAACCGAGCAGGAAGUGCCCGGAGGUUUCCGAUUGCUUGUUGAAAAGGUUUGCCAUCGUCCCGUCAGACUCGCCAUGCAGGCCGACUCUGCGAGCUGGUCCUUCAGCCAGUCCCCCGCGCCGUCGCAGAAGUUCUGGGGCAAGAGUGCCGAAAUUACUACGGAAGGCCGCGUUCGUGUCGCGCUUCGACUCCCAGAUGGCACGGACGAGCUGUAUUCCUGGACGCAUGCCACAAUGUUCUUGCGCAACGUGGUAAUGGGAGAAAAGUACGUGGAGCCGGUUGGUGUCAUGCAGAUCUGCAACGAUUCUUCUGGAGCCAAGGCCUCGGUCGAGUUCAGGAGUAAGGGAAUGUUUGGCGGACGAGGCGAAGAUGUUCAGGUUGAGACAUAUGGACCGGACGGGGUACACACCGGCAGCAGCCUCUCCGGCACAUGGACCAACGGCCUCCGCGUCGUCGAAGCCGGCAAGGGGGCGGGCCGGGAGAUCUGGAGCGUCGGCAAGCUCGUUGACAAUGCGGCCAAUACGUACGGAAUGACCACUUUCGCCGCGGCCCUCAACGAGGUGACGGAGAUUGAGAAGGGCAGGCUACCCUCGACAGACAGCCGACUCCGACCGGACCAGCGUCUGGCCGAGAAGGGCGACCUCGACCAGGCUGAGGAGUGGAAGGUGAAGCUUGAGGAGGCGCAGCGCGCCCGGCGUCGGGUGCUGGAGGAGAAGGGUGAGGAGCAUAAGCCCAAGUGGUUCGUCAAGGUCGGCCAGGGCCCGGAGGGCGAGGAGGUGUGGAAGCUGAGGACGGGCAAGGACUCGUACUGGGAGGAGAGGUCCAAGGGGUCGUGGAACGGGCUGGAGGAGAUUUUUGCUGGGUAGAGACGGGUGGCAGGCUCGUGGCCUUUUAGAAGAGUGAAGCGUAGAAGGGUUUCUACUCGGCGUUUUUGGGCGGGGGCUAUUUGGCCCUGCCCCUCCACUUCCCUCCUAUUCGAAUUAUUCUUCUGGAUUAUGAUGGUGAUUCUUUUUCAUUCGAGAGGUGGUCGACGAUAGCGCGUUGGCGAGCAAAGACGAAAAGAAAACUGUUUUGGG